UGGGUGCCGGACGAGGAGGAGCCGGCGUGCUACUGCUGCCAGACGCCCUUCAGCUUCCUCCUGCGCCGACACCACUGCCGCGGCUGCGGCCACAUCUUUUGUCACCCGUGCACGGACUGGUGGCUGCUCCCGCCCGCGGAGCUGGAGUACGACACGGUCCAGCGAUUGUGCGAGACGUGCUUCAGCCGCCUCUCCUCGGUCGAGUACUCCCGCACCUACGACGCCUGGGGCAACCCCGAAGAUCCCGCGAUCGUGAUGAUCCACGGCGCGUCAGGAACGCGCAGAAACUGGGCUCUUCUCGGCCCAGCGCUGGCGCAGCGAGGGUACUACGCCAUUUCGCUCGACAUGCCCGGACACGCCUCCCGGUACCGCGAGAAGCUGACCAUGGACUCUGCUAUGGAGGCGAUUGCCGAGGCCGUGAACAACCUGGUUCCCUCGAAGCGCGCGUUCGUGAUGGGCGGUUCGAUGGGCGGAUAUAUCGCCAUGACCUUUGGCGCGCGCCACCUCGACAUGUGCAGGGGCUUGAUCAUUGGACAAACGGGCACGGACAUGAAGAACAGCAGGACGAUGCUCAACUGGAUGACGCGCUACUACAAGCUCGUGUCCCGCAAGACCAAGGCUACGCUGGUAAAGCAGUUCCACAAGUCCUAUCCCCUCUAUGCCCAGGUUGAGGACGAGGCCAUGAACGAGCUCUUCCUCCGAACAGGCGUCUUCCUCGACUGCUGGCCCGACAUCGUGGAGUUGAUGGCCGGCGAGGACUACGACGAGCACAUGAAGUCGGUGGGCGACCUGCCGGUGCUGUUCAUCAACGGCGAGAUCGACUUCAGGGAGGCCGAGAUGAAGUGGCUCAACGCCGCCAAGAACGGCCGCCUGGAGCCGAGGAUGGAGGGGGUUGAGGAAGAAGAAGAAGAGGACGCACGACAGACGAGGGCACUCAGGGACGAUUCGGACAGCGACGAAGAUGAUCGCGUAGGGGAUAACGUGCUGGAGGACAUGAACGACAAGCUGGCGCACACGACCGAGAGCUUGGCGGAGGCGAUGGAGCGCAGACGCAAGGAGCAGGUAAUCACUGAUACGCGAAGGGCAGGCGAACGCAUGCGCAAGAAGUACCAUCUCGACCACAAGCAGGACACGCGCGACGAUGACUCUGAAGACAGAGACAGAAAGGCAAAGAAGAACAAGAAGGUGAAGACGCACUCUGGAUCCACAAAAUCGACAUCACACCACGAUAAUCCGAGUCCCAAGAAGAAAUCGGAGGAGGUAGACGCGGAAGCGCAAAUGAGAGAGGAGCGGCGACGGGAUGAUGUUGAGAGAAACAAGAAGGUGGCCGAGCGAAUGCGACAGAAGUACGCUCGCAGUUAG